UCGGUUUUCGUUUACAGCCAUGUUUGCAGAUACACUUCUCAUCGUGUUUAUUUCCAUUUGUACGGCUUUAUUAGCUGAAGGUAUUACAUUCCUGCUGGUUUAUAGAACAGAGAAAUAUCAAAAACUUAAAUCAGAAGUCGAAAAACAGAGUAAAAAAUUGGAAAAAGCCAAAGAAAAUGCUGGUGAAGCUACAGAUAAAACUCAAAAGAAGAAACUGGAACGACAAGAAGAGAAAUUGAAAAAUAACAAUCGUGACUUGUCUAUGGUAAAGAUGAAAUCAAUGUUUGCGAUUGGGUUUUGUUUUACGGCAUUGAUGGGAAUGUUCAACUCAAUAUUUGAUGGUCGAGUCGUAGCCAAGUUGCCGUUCGUUCCCAUAUCUUGGUUGCAAGGUAUUUCACAUCGUAAUAUACUGGGUGAAGACUACACAGACUGUUCGUUUAUAUUUCUAUAUAUUCUAUGCACCAUGUCUAUUAGACAGAAUAUACAGAAGUUGUUGGGAUUUGCUCCAUCCCGUGCUGCUAACAAAAGUGCUGGUAGUCUGUGGUCACCACCAACCCAAGCCAAGUGAUAGUUUCACUGCCAAGUUAUCAUCCAUGUGUCUCAUUACAUCACCAAUUCAAUCAUCCACUCUGUGUUUGGAGGGCAUUUCCCGCAACUGGUGAAAUUCAGGUUGUUUUCAGGGGUUGCCAUUAUCAAGUGACUGAAUUAUCAUAUUUAUACUUAUGAUGUACCAUAACUUUAUGCAAUUUGAUUUCAGAUUUGUUUGUUUAAAUUAAUCAAAUAAACUUAAGGUUGGGUAUAUGUGUGUGGGAAAAGUUAGAGCAGAAUGUCUGUACUUUACAUUGUAGCUAAUAAACGUAUACCAAAUUUUGACAAAUUUAGUAAUGAAAAUAAAUUCAUAUCAUUACUAA